AAAAAAAAAGAAGAAAAAAACCCUAACCACUCCGAUCGAAUCAUCCGAGGGCCGCAGCAGCCCGGCGAGGCUAUGUCUCAGGCAACCGCCGCCUCCCGGGAUCGCUUCCCCUGGUGAUACAACUCGGGCCGUUCAUUUCGUCUUUCCGUAGGGAUAUGAGGGCCGCUCCAACCGAUCCGCCCACGGCGCCGGCGAAGUCGAUGCUGAGGCGGCUGUUCGAUCGCCAGCUCCUGCGGAUCUCACCAGCGGAGCGUCUACCAUCGGCGGGGGCGGGAGAGAAGGAUGAGGCGGAGCCGAGCUCCGUGUGCCUGGACGGCAUGGUGCGCAGCUUCAUGGAGGACGACGUCGGCAGCGAGAAGGCUGCCCACGGGGGCCGGUACUGUAACUGCUUCCACGGAGGCGAUAAUUCAGAUGACGAGGAGGACGACGAAGCGGCGGCGGCGGCCUCCGACGUCGCCGAGACGAUCAAGGGCCUCGUCCACUGCGCCACGCUUCGGGAGCGCAACCUCCUCGCCGACGUGUGCGCGCACCUGGAGCGGCAUCGCGAGGCGGGGGCGCGGCGGCGCGACCUCCUCCGCCUGGUAGCCUCGUCGCUGCGCGGCGCGGGGCACGACGCCUCCGUCUGCGUCUCCCGCUGGGACAAGUCCCCGUCCCACCCGGUCGGCGAGCACGCUUACAUCGACGUGCUCCUCCCGGCGGCCUCGGACCGCGGCGCGCGCGAGCGCGUCCUGGUGGACGUGGACUUCCGGUCGGCGUUCGAGGUCGCGCGACCCACCAAGGCGUACCGCGCCCUGCUGCAGCGGCUGCCGGCGGUGUUCGUGGGCAAGGACGACAGGCUCCGCCUCCUCGUUGCCGCCGCCGCCGACGCCGCGCGCGCCAGCCUCAAGAAGCGCGGCCUCCACCUCCCGCCCUGGCGUAAGCCCGAGUACAUGCGCGCCAAGUGGCUCUCCCCCUACCACCGCGAGGCGCCGGUGGCCGAAGAGGCGGCCUCCGCCUCCGCGGACGAGGACGACGGGGACGGACCCGGACCCGGAACCGGAACCGGAACCGCGGCGUGACAACUGGACACUUGCAAUUUUUGUCUUGGAAGAGGUUGUAGCUGCAAAAGCUUGAGAUUCUCUUGAAAUUGAACUCUUUUUUCGGGGGUUGUACCUAGAGUAACUAUGGACUACGACGUGUGUGUGAGAGAGAGGUAUGCAUCACAGCAUCACUCAUCACUGUGCUGAGUACCGCGCGAGAAAUGAAGGCGAGGGGUAUGAUGGGUAGUGCUAGUUUUAGGAAGAGAAAUAAAGCAAAAUAUCGGAUUAAUAUCC